AUGGCCACACCCUUUGCUCAAUUUGUAAAUCGUCAGAAUGAACCACCUAAUCAAGUUCAACAAAUGCAUCCACCUGUUGAUCAGUUGAACAGAAUUGAAUUUCAACAAGAUCUUGAAAAUACUAACACAACAACUUUUCAACACCGAAUGAAUAGUUCUUUUCAAUUUAUUAAUUCUCAAUCUGUGAUAAGAGAAAGUCAACCUUUACAUAGAGAAGAAGGAGAUCAGCCUGUCGCUAUUUCUAGUGAAGACAUUUUUAUUGACUUGAAUGAAGCUUCAACGAGCUCGUCAAUUAUACAAUCAGACACUCAAAAUACAGAGGAAAGAAGGUGCUGGAUUUGUUAUGGAGAGGAGAAUGAUAGUAUUGGAAAGUGGGUUAAACCUUGUAGAUGUUCUUUAAUAUGUCAUGAAGAGUGUUUGUUGAAUUGGAUUACAGAAAAACAAAAAAGUGCGGUUCUUGGAAAGGUUAGAUGCCCACAAUGCAAAGCACUAUAUCGUUUAAACGAACAUACUCCUCUUAUAUUGAGAGUAAUGUCAUUUGUAGAUAAUUCAAUUCAAGCAUCAAUUCCAUAUUUCACAAUUUUUGGUUUAACCUUUGCAGUAGUAAUUACAAAUGUUCAUUAUGGAGCAUAUGCAAUGGUCACAAUGCUUGGUCUUGAAAAUGGUCACCAUAUUUUAAAUGAACCAUGGAUACCAAUUUUACUUAUAUUUUCAAGAGCUCGUAUUGCAGAUCCAGUUAUGCCACUUAUCCCAAUGUUUUUAGUUAGGAUGAAUCAUUUGAGAAUGACAAUGCCACCAAAUCCGAUGGAAUUAAACUGGAGAAGACAGAUCGAACCAUACACAGUUUCAACACAAAACGAAAAUGGAGAGGAUGACAAUAAUAAUAAUGUACAACAGCAAUAUGAUCAAGAUAUGUCAGAUCAUUUGGAUAGAAAUAAUGCAGGACGUAAAAUUGUUGGAGCAUUAUUUUUACCAUUUAUUUCGGCCAUGGUUGGAGGUUUGCUUGGCCAUUUCUCAUUUAUCCGUUCAAGGAUACCCGACAGUUUUCAUCGUAAUAUAAUUGGUGGAUGUUUAUUUAUUGUUUUAAAGGAUAUUGUAAAUCUUACAUAUAAAUAUCAAAGAGUUAUAAAUCGGCGUACACGACAGAUAAAAAAUUAUUCGGAAUUUUCAAAUGAUGUAAAUAAGAAAAAUUUCUAA